AUGGAGGCGGCUAAUGGAAGUAACAAAACGGGUCGCAGCAGUUCUUUUAAGAAACUUCCCACUUCUUCAUCUUGGACUGUGUCACAGACCCGCACUCGCUCUUCAUCAUCCGUAGCCAGUAGCAUCGCCAGCUCUAUAGCCAGUGGGAAAAGUCGACAUGCCGAACCCAUUGGUACUACUGAUGUAUCCGUCGAGCCUGCAAAAUUGUCAAUGCCCUUGGCCAGACCAUUGAAGUUGCCCCAUUUUCCUACGUCUCCAUUCCGUCGACGCGAGUCAUCUGGGUCCGAAAUCUGGAGCGAAGAUUUUCGCCGCGCUGCUGCUGCCGCUGCCGCUUCUGCUGAUCCUGGUGCUAACGACUUGGCUAUCGACGACAUCGAUAACACUCCCAAGCUAAUACCUGGGCCUUCUUUAACGGAAACGGGUUCUCCUUAUCAUCUGCCAGAACCUGCGGUGAACCCUCCUUCGUCCUCGUCAGACAACGACGCAGGGAAGCGUGUUUCUGUUUCUUCAGUAUUCUCCCUUGCAUCUUCUCGUGGCAAUCCAAGCUCUACCCCUUCCACAGCCGGUUCCGAUAGUGGUGCUGUACAACGUUCCGCUUCCGGUAUCAUGGCUUCCGGUAAAGGUCUAGGCCCAUCGCCCGGUCAAUCUGAAUCUGGCUUGACCAAUGUGACAAUUACGACUUCGUCUAACUCGAACUCUCAAACUCCUGCUGGUGGCCCUCAAUUGACUCCUCGAGAUGCUCAUAAUGGAAAUCCCAUGGAUCUUGUCAAGCGAAAUACAGCGCCUACGUCCAAUCCGGCGCCUCGACCCCAAGUGACUAGAUCUCGAAGCAGGGCGAAGCGUCGGUUGAGUGGUAGCACAGCAGCUAGUAGCCACAGUCCUAGCAGCGACAGAGGUCCUCACUCAAGAGAAAAGGAAGAAGCCAAACCCGCACCAUGGGGUAUAAUCGGGGUUUGCGCGUUAGAUGCUAAGGCGAGGAGCAAGCCGAGUAGGAAUAUUCUCAAUAGGUUAAUUGCGAAUCGCGAAUUCGACGUGAUAGUAUUUGGCGAUAAGACAAUUUUGGAUGAAGAGGUGGAGAAUUGGCCGAUAUGUGACUAUUUGAUAUCCUUCUAUUCAGAUGGUUUUCCCUUGGAAAAGGCAAUUGCUUAUGUCAAAACUCGAAAACCGUUCUGCGUCAACGAUGUACCAAUGCAGAAGGUAUUAUGGGAUAGACGGCUCUGUUUGCAAAUACUCGAUAAAAUAGAAGUGCCGACUCCGAAACGAGUAGAGGUUAAUCGUGACGGCGGUCCGAGUAUACUAACCCCGGAGGUUGCGAAACAUAUAAAAGAUGUUACAUCUAUCAGCCUAGAACCCAGUGGACCAGAAAGUUACCGCGUACCCCGCAAAGUAGAGUUACUUGACGAUGGUGACAUUCUCAGCGUGGACGGUACCUUAUUAAAAAAGCCAUUCGUCGAAAAACCGACUAGCGGCGAAGACCAUAACAUCAUCAUCUAUUUCCCGAAAUCAACUGGCGGAGGUGCCCGAAAGCUUUUCAGAAAAAUUGGAAACAAGAGUUCUGAAUUCAUCAAGGACCUCAUUGUACCCCGCGCUAUCACCGAACCCGAGGGUAGUUUCAUCUAUGAAAAAUUCAUGCAAGUGGAUAAUGCCGAGGAUGUGAAAGCUUAUACGGUAGGGCCGCAGUAUUGCCAUGCUGAGACGAGAAAAUCACCUGUUGUGGACGGCAUCGUCCGUCGUAACACCCAUGGCAAAGAAAUACGUUAUGUUACCGCGUUAUGCCCGGAAGAGAAGGAGAUCGCAAGCAAGAUUGCCAAUACGUUUGGUCAACGUGUUUGUGGUUUCGACUUACUUCGGGCUGGCGGUAAGAGUUAUGUUAUAGAUGUCAAUGGCUGGAGCUUUGUAAAGGAUAACGAAACCUAUUAUGAUCAUUGCGCAAGCAUUUUGAAGGAUAUUUUCGUUAAGGAGAAAAUUCGGCGCGGUGGUCCAACGCCGCCUUUCCCAUCUCCUACCAUUUCUGAUAUUGGCGACCCACUAACCAAAGCUCUAUUGAAUAGUAAGGAGAGGGAAUUGCAAGCUGCCGGAAGACAUUCCAUUCAUACUAGGCCUCCGACAACUACAGGCUCACUCUCACCCGAAGAAACCAAGGAAGUCAAGGAGGAGCAGAACGCGGGACCAACCUCUCCGCCGAAGUCUGACUCAGGGGUAGCAGCUAUCGCAACGAGAUUGCAAAAUGGCAUUAUUAGCCCUGGGGCAUAUCAUACUAGCGGCUCUGCUGGAAGUAGUCUGCCAGCGACAGCCCCGUCAACUCUUCCGACUACCCCUUCAGCCGUAGCGGAGGAUAAAACCGAUCACCAUUUGGAGCAUCCAACGCCGCCUCCGCCUCCACCUAAACAUUCAUGGAAGCUUAAGGGCAUGGUUUCCGUUAUUCGCCAUGCUGAUCGCACUCCGAAACAAAAGUAUAAAUUCACAUUUCAUACACAGCCGUUCAUUGAUCUCUUGAAGGGCCACCAAGAGGAAGUUCUCCUUAUUGGGGAGGCAGCCUUGGCUAGUGUUCUUGAUGCGGUUGACUUGGCCUUGAAAGCUGGAGAAGAAGACAGAAAUAAGCUCAAGUCUCUUCGCAAUGUAUUGGUUAAGAAAGGAGGUUGGGCUGGUACUAAGGUUCAAAUCAAGCCGAUGUUCCGCAAGAAGAAAGGCGCAGAGAUGACUGAAUCUACUCCGAAAGUUACUGAAGGAGUUAAGCUAGAGUCAAAUACCACAGUUCCCCUGUCCGAGGAAAAACAAGAUACGACCCAACCACCAACAGAGGAACAGUCGGAGGUCGAAGACAACCAGCGUGGGCCUGAAGUAACGGAAGCGGUUGUGUCGGACUCUGAAGUACAAGCCAGACAUCCACCGCGACGACAAGAUUCCAUGUCAGGAGUAACAAUGUCGAAGUUUACAGCAGCUGACAAUAGUUUCGUCUUGGACAAAUUGCAGCUUAUCGUCAAGUGGGGAGGAGAACCAACUCACUCGGCUCGUUACCAAGCCCAGGAAUUGGCACAGAACAUGCGCAACGACUACCUUUUACUCAAUCGUGAUAUUUUAGAUCAAGUUCAUGUUUUCAGUAGUUCAGAGCGACGAGUCACUGCAAGUGCACAGAUCUGGGCAGCGUCAUUUAUAGAGAAAAAUGACCUUCCCGAAGAUUUCAUCACGAUACGAAAAGAUUUACUCGACGACUCCAACGCGGCGAAAGACGAAAUGGACAAAGUCAAGAAGAAGCUGAAAGGUUUAUUGCGCAAGGGAAAUGAGAGGCCGUCACAAUUCGCUUGGCCUGAGAGCAUGCCCGAACCCGCCGAAGUACAGACGCGAGUUGUGCAACUGAUGAAUUUCCAUCGCCGCGUCAUGCAACACAAUUACAGCAAACUACAAAGCGGUGCGGUAAAUUCGCUCAACGCAAUCAAUUCUCCUAACCAAGACAAAUCCCAUGAAGGUUCCAGUACGUCUAUCGCUUCUUCGCUGUCACAGGCCAAUGCUAUGAACAGUAUCCAGGCUCGCUGGUGCUGCGGCGAGGAUGCGGAGUUAUUCCGAGAGCGUUGGGAGAAACUGUUCGCGGAGUUCUGUGAUCAUGAGAAGGUUGAUCCUAGUAAGAUCUCCGAAUUGUAUGACACAAUGAAGUUCGACGCCCUGCACAACCGUCAGUUCCUUGAGUGGGUGUUCACUCCACCGAAACACAUGCUGGAAGAGGAAUUUGGUAUUACGAUAAAUCGCGAAGGAAAGACAUCACCGAAGGAGUCCGAAGACGGCGCGAAAACAGCCGAUGAUAAGUCUGACAUGAGCCAAGUUCUAGGCUCACCACCAGCGGAUAAAGUUGAGAAAUCGGACCGACCGGAGAAGGCCGAAAGGGGCGAGAGGUCGGAGGCGCAGAAGACUGUUAAGCGCAUUUUCCGCAGAAGAUCGUGGAUGAAGCAUCCUCACGAAGUCGAUAGGCCUGCUGAAUAUUUCCACUUACCCAAAGGCAACAACCAAACGAAAGCGAAAACGGACGAGUGCUUCGAACCUCUUCGGGAACUCUACCAGUUGGCCAAGGUCUUGUUCGACUUCAUUUGCCCACAGGAGUAUGGCAUCUCGGACAGCGAAAAGCUUGAAAUUGGGCUCCUGACGUCGCUUCCCUUGUUGAAGGAAAUUGUCCAGGACCUUGAGGAGAUGCAGGCAUCAGAUGAUGCUAAAUCAUUCUUUUAUUUCACCAAGGAAUCGCAUAUCUACACGUUACUGAACUGCAUCCUCGAGGGUGGUAUUGAAACCAAAAUUAACCGCAGGACGAUCCCCGAACUUGAUUAUCUUUCGCAGAUCUGCUUCGAAUUAUACGAGUCUGAGACUAAGGUGCCAUUAGAUGCGCCUCUUGCGGAUCAACCUACGUUCAACUACAGUAUCCGCAUCACGAUCAGCCCCGGUUGCCAUAUAUUCGAUCCACUUGAUAUCCAACUGGAUAGUAAACACUGCAUAGGAUGUGCACCGCGCAGGAGCCUGACGCCUCACGCAGACUGGAAAAAGGUCAUUGAGACGCUCAGGGAUAAAUUUCAUCAGGUCAAAUUACCCAAGACGUUUCUUGCAGUAAACCUGUCGGACGCCUUCUCAUUCCAGGAGAAGGAACGCCAAAAUUCCGAAGCGGAUUGUCUUGAGAAGGACACCACGGCUAACAAUGAAACGGAUCAUCUUGAGAUGAAAACCAUCGGUUCUUCACACCACCAUCACCACACCUCAUCAAAGAAGGUCGAUCCCGGUGACGACGCCGAGGCAACAACAGUCAUUGAUGAGCAGCCUCUUCCACCUCCUGCUGCAACGUUCAACACGGCUGCUGUGCCUCCGGCCGCAGAUGCGCCGGGAAUAACGGCCCCUGAAUCAGAUAUUUCCAAGGAAAAUGUUGUCGACCAUAGCCAUCAGCAGCCAUGA